GUGGAGUACGUGAUUGCUGCAUGGCUGCGUUCCGUGAUCCCAUCAACUUCCAAACGGAAAGAUACAGUGCAAUGACGUGCAAAGCGUGCGUCUGUUUUUUCCAUCACACACACACGCUCUGAGCAUCUUAUGGUCUUCAGAUUCUUCGGUUGUUUUAGGGAGACUGGUGGCCCUGGCUGCACCGAGCGCUUUAUCCACACAAUGGACGUGCGGUUCAUCUCUGCAGCUAAGGAUGUGGACAACCGCGCCAAGGGACAUGUCAACGACAUAGAAUCUUACAUCGAAUUGAGGCGCGACUUGAGCGGCUGCAAGGCUUGUUUUUCCCUCAUCAAAUUCGUAAGUGGGAUUGAUCUCCCCGACGAAGUAGUCUCGGAUCCGGUUAUCAUGGCCCUGGAGGAGGCUACCAAUAAUUUUGUUUCUUGGUCCAAUGACAUUGUCUCCUAUAACAUGCAGCAAUCUCACCGUAGCACGCAUAAUUUGGUUGCUGUGCUCAUGGUCGACCAAGGUCUAGACCUGCAAGGUGCUGUGGACUACUGCGGCUGGCUUUGUAACAUUUCCCUCCAGCGCUUUGAAGAAAACCUCGCUAUGCUCCCCUCGUGGGGGGAUGUGGUUGACAAGCAGGUGGCUACCUACGUUCGAGGACUGCAGAGCUGGAUUACUGGUUCACUGCACUGGACCUUCGAGUCCCGCUAAUUCGGAAACGAUGCGCAUAUUGUCAAGCGGGAGAGAAUUGUGAAGCUACUUCCCAAGCGGCCUUUGUAAAGCCUCUGUUCUAUAAGGCUACCAUUGUUAU